AUGAAAUAUUUGGUCAAUAUCUUGAUAUCAGGACUUCUGGCUCUUCCUUGUGCCGUGGCUGCUCCCAUACCGAUCUAUGGUGCACAUAUCUAUCAAGAAAGAUCGUGUGGAGGAGCGCCGGCCCUCGUCCAGGCGGAUGGUGGGUGCUACGACUUGCUCUCGCUGAACGUGAAUAGUGUCAAAUCUAUACAGAUUGAUAGAGCUGCAUCCUGCACAGCAUACACGAGCCCGUCAUGUGAUUCAGCACCCAUGGCCCUAUCGGGGGAGAAAUGCAUGGACUACCCUUCCGCUGCGGCUAUUCGAUGCGUCCUGAAAUAA